AAAACAGGAGAAGAAAAAACAGGUAGGCGGUGAGUUAACCCUAGAAAGAUACGUACAGGCCGUGUAUAUCUAUAUAUAAAUACCUAUCCCUACUCCCCUCUCGUCCUUCAUCUUCUCAUCUUUGCCGCAUCGAUUCUCUCUCUCUCGACAUCUCUCUCUCUCUCGUCUCUCUCUUUCGCUCAGGGUGCAUUCAGUUUAAUCUGCAACCUUGUUAGCCAAAGUGUAGGUUUGUACGUCAGAAGCUUCUUUUAUGUCUGAGCAGGCCACCCUGUUUUUGUCAUCAUUUGGGUUGCUAGGUGAAUAUUCUCCGUCACCAAGGAUUAAGGACAAAGUUGGCUGUAUGCAUUUUGAGGCAUAUCAGGGAAAUAACAGAAACUUUGCAGGUUGCCAAUUUAUGCGACCUUGUCCAACUAUUGAAGAUAAUACCAUAUUUAAAACAGUUACCUUUUACCUUCUCUAAUAUUUUAUUUCGGGAGGCUACUUUAAAUCAUGGCUUUGCAGAACAUUGGGGCUGGAAACAAAGAUGAUGCCUUCUAUAGGUAUAAGAUGCCAAGAAUGAUCACAAAGAUUGAAGGUCGAGGAAAUGGCAUUAAGACUAAUGUUGUCAACAUGGUUGAUAUUGCCAAGGCCCUGGGCAGGCCUGCUGCUUAUACAACCAAGUAUUUUGGUUGUGAGCUUGGAGCUCAGUCCAAAUUCGACGAGAAAACUGCAACUUCACAUGUUAAUGGGGCUCAUGACACUGCAAAACUUGCUGGCCUAUUGGAGAACUUCAUUAAGAAAUAUGUUCAGUGUUAUGGAUGUGGGAACCCUGAAACUGAGAUCAUUAUUACAAAAACACAAAUGGUUACCUUGAAGUGCGCUGCAUGUGGUCAUUUGUCUGAUGUUGAUAUGAGGGACAAACUCACAACCUUCAUCAUCAAGAAUCCUCCUGAGAAGAAGGGGGGUAAAGACAAGAAGGCAAUGAGGAGAGCUGAGAAAGAGCGAAUAAAAGCAGGGGAGGCUUUGGAUGAAGAGCAGAAGAAGCUGAAAAAGGAAGGUGUAAAGCAGAAAGGAAGCACUAAAGAUGUCUCCUCUAAAGCAGUUAGCAAGAAGAAAGCAAAUGUAUCUGAUGAGGAUAACUCUCCUGCUGGAAGCCAGGUUGAUGAGGUAGACACAGUGGUAAGCAACGACGAUGAUGAUAUCCAAUGGCAGACUGAUACUUCGGCUGAGGCUGCUAAACAGAGGAUCCAGGAGCAGCUGAGUGCUGUGACUGCUGGCAUGGUUAUGCUAAAUACCACUGAUGACAAGCCAAAAUCGGGAAAAAACUCACCAGUGCGUGAAGAGAAACCUAAAGGCAAUGGCCAGUCAAAUGGGGCAUCUGCUAAUUCUAGCACCCCCCAUGAGAAGCUUGUGCUUGAGAUCAAGGACUAUCUCAAAAAGGGUUCAUCGGCAAGCAAGUUGAAGCCCUUCCUGGAUACCCUCUCUGGCACAUCUCAGCAAAUUGUUGAUGCCUUUUUUGAAGCUAUGUUUGAUGGUGCUGGAAAAGGAUUUUCAAAGGAAGUAACUAAGAAGAAGAACUAUUUAGCAGCUGUGACUCAGAAUGAAGGAUCACAACUAGUUUUACUUAAUGCCCUCGAGGCAUUCUGUGCGAAAGCCAGUUCUGAGGCUGUGAAGGAGGUGGCUUUGGCUCUGAAAGUUCUGUAUGACAGCGAUGUUCUCGAGGAGGAGUUUAUUGUGGAGUGGUACGAGAAGGGCCUUAAAGGCGGUAAUAAAAGCUCCCUGGUGUGGAAGAAUGUCAAACCAUUUGUUGAGUGGCUUCAGAGUGCUGAAUCUGAAACCGAAGACGAAUGAGUCCUGGUUCUAGCCAUAUGGGGAGAUGUUUUCCAUCUUUGCUUUAGUUGUGUCCUUGUGUGUCUGAAUUCGUUCUUUUCUGUUGUGUCUGGGUCUUUGAUGUGUGAGAAUAAGUCCUGCCUGGACCAGUCCUUGUGACUUAUGAUCGUCUCUGUAAUUGUGUUUUAAUAUUAUUAUGGUCUUGAACCUGUA